GGUAUUUGGUUCCCUGAAAUUUUAGCAUGACUUCGCCCCCCUGGGCUGGCUACAAAGCUUGUUACUGAUCGUUAGAUGAGCACUGGUUAAUGACUCCUAAGAGUCCCUCUCAUCAGACCUCAAAAAGAUCCUCACAGGCUCAGGGAUCUGCCGUUGUGCAGAUAGUGGAAGAGAGAGGAGCUUCUAAGAGUAUUAAUGCUUACGGCCUGGGCUUCUGGCCAGAGUCACCUUAGGAAACCUUACUGUGGUCUUGCAGUGUUCGAAGGGAGCCUAUAAAAAAGAUGGGGACAGGCUUCUUAGCAGGGCCUGUUGCAAUAGGACAAGGGAUAAGGGUUUCAAAUAGGAAGGUCAAUUUAGAUUAGAUAUAAUUAAAUAUUAGAUAUCAUUUUUUACAGUGAGGGUGGUGAAGCUCACAGGUUGUCACAGGUUGCCCAGAGAGGUGGUGGAUGCCUGAUUCCUGGAAACAUUCAAGGUCAGACUGGACUGGGCUCUGAGCAACCUGAUACAGCUGAAGAUGACCCUGCUGAUGGCAGGGGGGUUGCACUAGUGGGCCUUUAGAGAAUCCUUCCAACCCAAAUUAUUCUAUUAUUUUGUGAUUCCACAGCUCCUCUUACCGAACUUAUAGAAAGUCGGUGGAUGCAGGGUGCAAUCAGGGCCAGCAGUGCCCAGCUGGUGAGGGGCGUUCAAGGGGUCCCCAGAGCGUGCAGUGAGACCCCGCAGCGGUGCACACACCCCCUGCCCGCCGGGAAGGGGGCACCUGGAGCCUCAGGACCGGGCAGGGCAGGGAAGGGAAGGGAAAUCCCCCCGGGGUGCGGCAGGGAACUACCGACGGGGACGCCGGAGAGGCGAGUACUUCCCCCCUGGAAAAACGCCAAGUUCCCUCUCGCGCCGACAUCUUUCCUCCCCUCCCCUCCGACGCCCCUUCUGGGCGGCCCCAGCUGCUCCGCCCUCCCUGCCAGUGCCGGCGGCGCCGAGCAGGACCAGACCCGUCGGUCGGGCUUUGACUGGCUGGAAAUUCCCGUCCUCGGCGGCUCCUCCCCCGCAGAAAUCCCCUGGCCGCGGUGUAUAUGCGAGGCAGCGCCGCCACUGCCGCUCACUCGCAGCGCCCACAGUUCCGUCGCCAUGAUCAGCGCCCGCCGCGCCGCCGAGCCGCCCGCCAUGGAGGGCUACGAGCACCCCAAGAAGGACCGUCAGGGCGGGUUCCCGCUCGACGAUCGCCACGACAGUGGCUUGGACUCCAUGAAGGAGGAGGAGUACCGGCAGCUGGUGAAGGAGCUGGAGGACAUACGGCUGCAGCCCCGCGAGCCGCCCGCCUGGGCACAGCAGCUGACGGAGGACGGGGACACUUUUCUCCAUUUGGCAAUUAUUCACGAGGAAAAAGCCCUGAGCCUGGAGGUGAUCCAACAGGCAGCCGGCGACCGGGCUUUCCUGAACUUCCAGAACAACCUCAGCCAGACUCCUCUUCACCUAGCAGUGAUAACUGAUCAGCCUGAAAUUGCUGAGCAUCUUCUGAAGGCUGGAUGCGACCUGGAAGUCAGGGACUUCCGAGGAAACACCCCCCUGCACAUUGCCUGCCAGCAGGGCUCCCUUAGGAGCGUCAGCGUCCUCACGCAGUACUGCCAGCCACACCACCUCCUCGCUGUCCUGCAGGCAACCAACUACAAAGGACAUACGUGUCUUCAUUUGGCAUCCAUUCAAGGAUACCUGGCUAUUGUCGAGUAUCUGCUGUCCUUGGGAGCAGAUGUAAAUGCACAGGAGCCGUGCAAUGGCAGAACAGCACUACAUUUGGCUGUUGAUCUGCAGAAUUCAGACCUGGUGUCGCUUCUUCUGAAACAUGGGGCAGAUGUGAACAAAGUGACCUAUCAGGGCUAUUCCCCCUAUCAGCUCACAUGGGGAAGAGACAACUCAAGCAUACAGGAAAAGCUGAAGCAGCUGACCACAGCUGACCUGCAGAUGUUGCCGGAAAGUGAGGAUGAGGAGAGCAGUGAAUCGGAACCUGAAUUCACAGAGGAUGAACUUAUAUAUGAUGACUGCCUUAUUGGAGGACGACAGCUGGCAUUUUAAAGCAGAGCUUUCCGUGAAGUGACUAUAUACCUAUGUAUAGAAAAAGGACUGACUUUCUUCAUUUAAAAAGAAAGUCGCAAUGUGGAGAGAAAAAACAGGAAGGAAAUACUACACUGCCCAGCAAGAAGGAGCUCAUAACUUUAACAAGACAGUUCCAGGAUCUGCCCCAUGUUUAAAUACAGGAGUGGGAUAUGUAACAUCAGUAGAGAUCUGUGAUUAUUCAUGCCACCUGAUAAAGAGCCAUGUAGCCCAUUUUCUCAGCCCUACAAAGCUAACAGACUACACAUCCAACCUGCUCAUUACAGAGAGCUUGCUUGUGGCAUUAAGUACUGCAAGGAACACGUGUACUUUCAUGGCAAGGUGGACUCAUACCAACACCCCUUCUUCUCAGAGCCUGUGUGUUAAUUUGCAUUGGGCUGGUGGCAGUCCCUGGCAUUUCUGACUGACCUCAGGUCGGGGUCAGUGCUCUCAGUGGGGCGUUCCAAGUGGAGGAGUCGGACCAAGGGACUGGUGACUUCCUGGCUCAUAGGAGAAAGUAGCAAUAAUGUUAACUGUGGGCAUUGGAAACAGUGUGUUUCACACCAUGUGUGUCAUAAUUGCUACACUUUUUAGCAAUUGUAUAUUGUGUAAAUACUGUACAUUUUUUGUUUAUAAUUAUUUUGGUACAUGUGAGAUAUGUAUUUAUUAAAAAAACGUCAGAUUACUGUA